AUGGCUGCCUACGUUGAGGAAUGUUCCUGGCUCUGUGUGUCUUUAGGGGAGAUGGAUCAUUCGUUAUGCUUUUGGUAUUGCGCUGCCGUAAUGUGGACCUAUAUGGCACGUCUCGGUAAUUGGCAAUGCCUUCAAGAGCAUGACACGGGACAUGGAUUCCGCGGGACAAACCCAUCACCAACAGCGACACGGGUCGGCUCUCUAAUCCAACAUCAACUGCCAAUCCACCUCACCACUCCACCAUCCAAGUCACUCCCAGUUAUAAUGCCGCCAAAGAACUCUUCUACGAAUACUGCCCAACGGAAGGGCCCUCAGUUCAAACCUCCGCGACCGACAAAGGCGCCAACGAAGCCCGCAGCUGCUAAACGCGCUCCAGUACCAGCGUCGCGUUCCACCGGCGUCGCGAAGAAGCCAGCUGCUACUACAGCCAAGCCAGGCUUUCAAUCAGCAACGACAAUCAUCUCAUCAGACGACGAACAAGAAGACGAGCUAGAUGCAGACAGCGAUGACCUGAUGGAUGUCGACGCGCCUCCGCGCGAAGCAAGACGGCCAGCUAUCGAGGCAAUCACCGCACAUCCAAUCCCCGCACCACUUCUCGCACGAUUACUCCACGAAAACUUCGAGGACUCCAACACACAGAUACAAAAAGGCGCGAUGAACUUGGUUGGGAAGUACAUGGAGAUCUUUGUCCGAGAGGCGCUUGCGAGAGCGAAGCACGAGCGGGAAAACUCUGCAAAAGAAGGAGGCGUAUAUGAUGGUUUCUGUCAGGUUGAGGAUUUGGAGAAGCUUGCGCCGCAGCUGGUUCUGGACUUUUGA